UUAUUAAUGGGCGCGGUCAGCGGACACAGCAGCUGAGUAGCUGAGCCACAUCAGGUUCCUGAACGGUAUCGCUGGUUUACCGCUGAAACUCAGCGCUGGCCGUUUUUAACAGCGCUUUGGUUUGACGUUUAAAUGAAAGUGACAGAAAGUGGGUGAAGUCGUGAAGUGAGGUUAAUAUAAUCCCACCUAGCCGUGACCUAACUUUGACAUUCAUACAACAAAAUGGAUGCUGAGGAAAUAAGUAAUGAUGAUUUAACCUAUUACCUUGUUGACACCCAAGAUAAAAAUACAGAAGAAAACAGGAAUAUUAGUACUGUAGAAGAAGAAGGAAGGGGCGAACACUUCGAUGUAGAAGUAUAUGAAGAUAAAUUUAUAUGGACACAUUCAGCAACAAUGCUUUUCUUAGCGGAAUAUGAAAAGAGGAAGGACAUGUUCCGAAAUCCCAAAAUUAAAAAGAAGAAGUUGUGGGAAGAAAUUCGAAGAGAAAUGUUAAAGCAAGGAUAUAAAUUUAUAAUAAUAAUCUAUAAUAAAUAUAAAUAAAUAUAAAUGAUAAAUAUAAAUAAAUAUAUAUAAUAAUCCACUACCAAACGUUUAUUACGAUUUGUAUCGACCAUUUUUAGCAAACACGUAUAAUACGGGACUUAACUAAUCUAAUACUGUCAACCAAGACAGUUUAGACAUUUAAUGCAUAAUAUGUCAAAAACAUGAUGUGUAGAAAUACCGUACAGCGACCAGAAACAUGCUGCUUAUCAUCAUACUCAUCA